AGCUAUGUUCAACAUUGAAUUCAUUAUUUUCUAAUAUCACAAUCGUUUCAAUUAAACGAAUACUUUUCAUUUAUAUAACAUUUUGGACAAUAUUUAAAGAAUUUCAAAAUGGUACGUUAUGAUUCUGUAGAAAUAGAGGAUCGUAGAGUAAAAAAACCUUAUUUGGGAGGAUGGAAACAUAAAAUUACCCAAGUAGAAUAUUUAAAUGCCGAGUCGCAAACAGGUCCAUUAAUAAGGAAACCACUAAAAGAAAAAUGCAGCAAAGAAGUACAAUAUAUUUCUUGGACGGAAAUAUCCACGCAAACACCAUAUCAUCAUUCGACCCAGAUGGCACGACCAGAUUGUUUUAUAUCGAGUGAAACAGAUACAUAUAUAACAUCAAAACCGUACGAAACGUACGAAGAAAUGAUGAAACGAUUGGACUACGACGGAAAGGCACGAAUUAUUCAAAAAAAUUACAAAAUAUACAAAUUGUGGAAAUACGUUAAACAAUACGCGAGAGAAUAUCGAGAGCUUGCCAAGCAAUGUAGAUUUUACGAAGCAGAAAAUAUAUUAUUGUACAGGAAAAGGCAUCAGGGUGAAAUUAUUCGGCGAAUCGAUCCGAAAACGCGACUCGAUUUCGAUCUGUUGUACGAUUUGGUCGAAAAAUGGAGGCGCGAUCACAUCGAGUGCACGAAACAACUUUUCUUCAGACCCGGAAGAUGCGCAGAAAAUUAUAUGAUAUUGGAAAAAAUGGUGGAGAUGUUGAACGUGAUCGAUCAGAAGAGACAGGCGGUGAGAAAACGUUACAGGAAUAAAAAACGCGUGAAAUUCGUCACGGCGAAUUGCAAGCCUAUUCAGUGGAACGGCUACAAGAAUAUAUUGUUGGAAAUGGAUACAAUGAGAAACCAGAAGGCGAGGGAAUUGAAGACAAUAUACGAUUCGUUGACGAAUUAUCAUAUUACUCACGGUGAACGUAUGGAGAUACUUACGAUGCUGAAGAAAUCGUUGGAAGUGCACGAUUGCGUGCCUGCGUUCAAUUUGAUACGACUCUUGGACGAAGAGUUGAUUUACCUGGCAAAGGGAAUGAAAAACAUGCCGCUCGACUACUUUCGGGAGAAAAUAAUUUACAGUUACUUGAACUUUUUACGCUCGUCACACUCGUGUUGUUGCGCGAGAAACGACGAAAACUUUUGCAAGAGCGUAGACGAUGAGAAACUUCGCGAACCAAUUGAACCCAAGACGAGAUUAUGCUCCGGUUGUUUAAAAUUAUUUCCCAAGCACAAGUUCACUGUCCAUGGAAGAAUGAAAAGGAUAUAUACUUGCGUUGGAUGCACUUGGCUACGUGAACGGAAUAUUAAACACAUAAAUUAUGAUCAUUACGUAUUCCUCUUAAAUUGUGUGCGUUCAGAGGAGAGAAAAAGAGGAUCAAGCUCUGCUAUCUCAUUCAUUAUGCAAAAGCACGACAUGUACCAUUUGGUGAAUAAUAUUUGGCACGGGCACUCGGCAGUUAGCGAAAAUGCAGAUCUCUUCUUAUUACGAAUCGUUCGAUACAAUAUGAACGAGGAAUGGUCACCGUGGAAUUGCAUUCUUUUGACGGAGGAGGAGGCCGCUGUUCACUCCAGGAUCGAAAAUCUAGCGGACGUAUACUCGAAACCACUUAUCGAACGUGUCUUGUUGGCUCAUCAGUUGGCGAAAAACCAAUUCAAGUACGUGCGCACACAUAGUUUCGUAGAAGAUCGGAGAGAAAUAAUAUAUAUCGAUUCAACUCGUUGCAGGCACUUGAGACAGUUCGAGAAGGAUUUCCGAGAAAAGUUUCAUAAGAUCAGCAGAGAGGUGAUAUAUAAGCCGGCUAUCAAAGUGGACGAUUACCUCUACUCGUGAUGUAUUUCCCUGCGUCUAAUUGCCCGUGUAUUUUCACUCGAAUGUGAAUUUCCCAUAACGAUUUUUCAUUGUAACAUUUUCCCCCGAUAUAAUCGGAUUAAAACAUCGAUUUUCUCGAAUGCAUUUAGUUGUGGAACAAGUUCACGUGAACGACAAAACUUUUUUUCCGUUAACAAGAUGGAUGAUCCUCGUUUGGAUUUCGUUUGUUGCGUUUGGCACAACGAAGAGGGGGGGGGGGAAACGAUUAGCGGAAAAGUUCGUGGAAGUUCUUUUUCUUUUCUUUUCUUUUUUUUCCCAACAAAGGAUAUAAUAAAAUCGAAAAAUAAUGGAGUAGAAAGUGCUUUCGACCGAUCGACCAAACAGGUUGCCAUUGGCAACGAUGGAUUUAAGGUGGUUCCGAGUUUUCAGACGGUGUAGAAGUCUCUUGUAUGGAUUGCGUCGCAUUAAAAGUUCCGUCAGUCUUCUUUGUUCGGAGUUGGCGAUUUGUUUCUUCCUUCCUUCCUUCCUUCCCCCUUGUUAUACGAUGUUAUUUCAAUAAAUCUAAUAGCGGAUUGUUUCGAGGCACGACAUCGAUAUCGUUCUGUAAUCGUGAUCCUGUUUGUCAAUUUGGAAUGGAACGAGAUAAAUUUCAGUGACAAAUCGCGAUGAAACAAGCGAUAAAUAAUGAUGGUUGGAUCAACGGAAUAAACAGAGCAGAAAAAAUAACUUGUGAUGAUGGUGUUAUGGGACACGAAAAACAGAAGUGAUUUCGGAACUGAGGAGACAUACCUCGAAACCUGUUUUCCCCAGGAUUUGCAAUUUAUUCAAAAGCAAGCAAUAUAGAAGAAAAACAAUUGACGUUGAAAAAAAAAGAAGAAGAAGAAAUAUCCAUUUUUUUAAUUAAAAGAAAAUACUAAAUACGAAAUAACCGGUUGAAAACGUACAAAUAAACAACGGGAAUAUUUGUAUGUAUUUCUUACAUAAAUAAACGUAUUACGCGCGAUGCAUUUGUUGCAUCGACUGUGCAAUGCAUGCGCCCAAGUUUUAACGAUUCUCGACGGUUCUCGUUGUUGCACUGCCGUUCAUACCGCGGAAUUAUCGAAUGGAUUUCCAUCAGCCAUAAAACCUUGAAGAGUUGUAUUCACCGCAGAUGCUAAGCUCUGACUGAAUUAAACACCGAGGUAACAAAGAUAUUGACUGAGGUAACAGGUCUCUAUGACUCGAAAUCCUGUCAAGGAGAGGAUUAUAAAUUUUCUCUAAUAAUUCAUAACAUUCCAUCUAUUCCUAUUAAAACUGGUUUUUCGAAUAAAGAUCAUCGACCGAUUGAUUUUUAUCGAUAUGAUUUUUGAUAGCCAACUUAUUUAUGAAUUUAUAUUGGCAAUGCACUCAACUCAUGAAUUUCUGCCGAUCUAUGAUCGUUUAUGUUAUAAGAUUUACGCUGUGCUAAGAUACACAGCAUUUAUAGCCGAAUUUAUGGCGAUAGCACGAUGAUUGACGUUAUAAUAUUUACUCGGUGGUAAUAUAGAAGUUUACAACGCUUAUGAUUCUUUGAUCGGCCAUUACGAGAAUUAACGGCAAGAAAA